AUGUGUAAACCAACAAUUGAAACGAAAGAGAGUAUACACACGACCAACUCAGAUGCUGCCACCUCCCAUCACCGGGGAUUUCUUUAUGGGACGAUAUCUUUGGCCUUUGCCAUCACGGCCAACUCCGUCACAAUGGGCCACAUGCAAAGUCGAAGAGAUGCUCUGGGAUGUGAUUCGUUGUGUAUUGGAAGCAUGACUUCAGCAAGAUCUACUCUGACAUUGGUCGGUUCCACUAUUGUGGGUCGCCUGUCGGAUUCAAAAGCGCUCGACAGACUGGGUGGUGCUCGCAAAUUUUGUUUGCUGAUUGGUAUUUUCGCGUCAGCCGCGGAACUUCUUAUUGCCUCUCAGGCAUCAACGAUGUCUACUUUCUGGAUGAGUCUUGUACCAGCAGCCUUGCUGAAUCAGAAUUUCACAGUACUCAAGGCUCUCUUUGGUGACUAUCAUGGGGAAUCAGCAGGUUCCGCAGAACGGGCUGGCAGUGUCGGAAAAUUAGGGAUGGCGGCAGGACUAGCAUUCAUGAUUGGGCCAUUGGCAAGUUCCAAGCUUCUGUCGACUUACGAACAAGCGGCUGCAUGUGCCGCAUUUUGCUUGCUAGUAGCAGCCCUCUUUAUUUUCUUGCUCCCAACACCAAAAGAACAUUCGUCGUCCAAACCAAACCAGAACGGCGAAAGCGACAAGAACUCGGAAGCAUCGACUGCUCCCAAAAAGUGGUGGUCCAAGAUAGUUCCAGACUUUGUUCCAGCUGCAAGAACACCACCGGCCUUGUUCAUCAUGUCGGCACGAGUCUGCAUGACCCUCGCCUUUCACAUUUUUCAAACGAUAUGGACCGUUGCAUUGAAGGAACGAUUCAACUUUGGACCAAAAGAGUAUGGCCAAUACUUUGGUUUUAUUGGAUUUGCCUAUGCAAUUUCACAAGGAUUCUUGGCCAAGUUCUUGAUUCAAAAAUUUGCCAGCACCAAUAAGGGUCGGGCACGAAUUUUGCUGGUGUGCAGUUUGGUACUGGGUGGUGGCCGCAUGUUUGCCUACCAAACCAAUAGCAUUGUGGCAGUUUAUGCUAUCUUUUGUGGAAUCAUCACAGCGCUUGGAAUUGUCAACACAAUAUUCACGGCAGAUACUAGUAAGAUUGCCAGUCCCCAAGAGCUUGGAGGACUCUUCGGAGUCUUGUCCUCGGUAGAAAGCAUGGCUGGAAUUGCUGGUCCCAUGAUUGGUGGAGCCUUGAGCAAGGUUCACCCACAGCAAGGUCCACUAAUGGCGGUGAUGACGCUAUAUGGCAUUGUCUUUACCCUAGUGUAUUGGGGAUACGAGCGAUACGUUGGAGUUCACAACGACGAAGCAUCCAAGAAGAAGACCGUCUAG